CAGAUCAUAAGAAGGAAAAGAAGAGGGUUUUCUUCUUUUUUCCUUUUGAAAAUUUGGGUUUUAGAAAAUAUAAAUUGAAGAGUAAAAUUCUUGAACUUUCCCUCGCAUCAGUGAUUCACAUGAGAGCUAUGGCGAGUGAGCAAGGCAUGAGUAGCUGGACCGAUCUUCUCCACUCAUCCACCAAGCUUCUUGAGCAAGCUGCUCCUUCUGCUCAGUUUCCUCCUCUUCAGAGAAAUUUAGAUCAGUUAGAAGCACUAUCAAAGAAGCUUAAGGCAAAAACCUUAAGAAAUUUAGAUCAGUUAGAAGCACUAUCAAAGAAGCUUAAGGCAAAAACCUUGAGAACUGAGGCUCCUUCUCAAUCCAUUGCUGACACAAGGCUACUUGCACAGGAGGGAAUUAACGCUGAACAGCUUACACGCGAUCUGAAGUCUUUUGAAUUGAAGACAACAUUUGAGGAUGUUUUCCCUGCUGAAGCCACAAGCGUUGAGGAGUAUCUGCAGCAGAGCCAUAAAGAAGCCGGUCAAUUCAAACAUCGUAGUUUCCCUUACUACGACCAACUUACAGCCAUAUACGCAAGAGAUCGAGCGACUAGGAAAGAUGCUCAAACAGCCGCUAAUGUUUUUAAAGAAAUAAAUGUUCAGGAUGUAUCUACUACAGAUAUUAAUGAAGAAAGAAACGAAUUCUAUGACUACGAAGCUAAUGUUUCUUUGGAUGACAUGGAUAUUUCUGAUACGGAACCACGACCAGAUAGAAACCAAGGGGGCUCCACAUCUUCGAAGAAGAAAAAAAAGAAUUCUGAUGCAAGUGAUCAUUUUUCUUUUUUAUUUCUUGAUGCUGCUACUUUAUUAGCGGAAAACAUGCAGGCCAUUGGCGAACAAAUCAGUAGGAGUAUUGCCUCCGAUGUGGUAGUUCAACAAAAGUCAGAUGAAUUCCAGAUCAUCCAAGAAAAAGUAACAAAUUUAUAUCCAACCUUGUGUGAAAUAGAAAGUUUAAUUGUGGAUGAGCGCUAUCAAGCAUUGAGCAAAAUUCCAGAUCAUCCAACUCAAAUGCUCGUUUUCUUUAGUUUACCUUCUGAUGUGCGGUUGGAAUGGGUUAGAAGAUUUCUUACUGACCAUUAAAAAUCAUGGUUCUGUUGAUAUUUUCUUAACUUUUUCAGUUUGUAAUAUUAGGAAUGGUAUGUCAUUACAAUGUUCUAACUUUUUGAUGCUGUAAAAUUGUAUAACAUAUAGAUUAUGACAUAGAAUUUUAUGAAUUUCAUGUAA